GUCCAUAAGGUGAAGACAGGCACUGUCCGCAGGAUAAGUAGUCAGCGUGCCCUCUGCCAGGACUGAGGACACAAAGUGACACCCUCCUCACGUACGUACGUACCGGACUUGCUUCAUGUACAGGCGAUCUACAGGCACUUUGUACCCUGUCCCGGACGCAAGCUACUCGAUCUGGUCAGGCCGGGGUCUGAUCUCGGCGCCCUUCAAUCCGCCCGCCGCCCUCCUCCACAGGUGGAGGCGCGCCUCCCAUACACCAAGUCCCCUUGGGCCUUACAUCCUCCCAGGUCAACAAAGUCGACAAAGUCCAAUAAGUCAUCACAGAAGAAGCCCAGAUCCGCAAAACGGCUCAGCAAGACGUCACGGCCAGCCCUCCGGCGCAACACCUCUUCCAAGAAACGGAUCGACCCACGGGUUCUCUCACCACCACUUUCCACACCAGACACACGCGACCACGACAGCACCAUGUCGAGCAACAACGGAACCGUCCCUCGCUACGAGUCCAGCUCCAGCGACAGCGUCCACACGACCAGCUCGUCGUCCCGCGAGUCCACCGGGUCCACAGUCUCCAGCGCCGGGCGAUCACACGACAACUGCCACUUCGCCGCCUCCCCUGAGCUACAGAUGGUGGACAGCCUGCUCGCCAUGCUCACGCAGAACGGAGCGCGGCGGCAGAAUGGCCAGUCUUCGCAAAGAUAGACUGGCUGGACGCAGGCAGUGAGCCAUGAUGUAACGAAUACUUUUUUUUUGUCUUUUCUUCUUUUACUCGAAUCAUCUGAGGGAAACCAACCGGCGUUGGGGGUACGGAAUCGCACAAUCAUUCCAUUGGCACAAGGCAGAGCAGUCGAGCUGUCAAUAUCAACAUGAACUAAUCAUGCCUUUACACACGC